CACACUUAAAUUAAUUCAGGAGCUCAAUGAAAACUUUCAUCAUACCUCUCUUUGUUUUUUGUCUGUCACCAAUCUUCAUGUUUUCUGCUCCAUCAGACACUAUAAGUGCUACUGAGUCACUUAAAGAUGGCAAGACCAUAGUUUCAGCAGGUGGGAGCUUUGAGCUAGGAUUCUUUACCCCCCAAAAUUCCAGUAAUUGGUACUUGGGAAUAUGGUACAAGAAGAUAGCUGCUAGGACUGUGGUGUGGGUUGCAAACAGAGACACCCCAUUUAAUGGUUCGGCUGGAGUUUUGAAGUUUUCUGACCAGAGAAUUCUUGUACUUAUAAAUGAUGCCAACACCACAAUUUGGUCUGCCAAUUCCUCUAAAUCAGCAACCACCCCAGUUGCACAACUUUUGGACACAGGUAAUCUAGUUGUGACAGAUCACAAUGACCCAGAAACUUUCCUGUGGCAGAGUUUUGAUUAUCCAUGCAAUACAAUUCUGCCUGGCAUGAAAUAUGGAGUAAACUUGGUAACAGGCCUGAACCGUUUCCUGACUUCAUGGAAGAGUGAUCAGGAUCCUUCCAGAGGGGAUUAUACGAAUCAGCUUGAUACAGCUGGGUUACCGCAAUUUUUACUAAAGAAAGGUUCUGUAGUGCAGUUCAGGUCUGGACCUUGGAAUGGUCUCAGGUUUACUGGAAUGCCUAAUUUGAAACCAAAUCCCAUAUAUACUUAUGAGUUUGUAUAUAAUGAGGAGGAAAUAUAUUACCAUUACCAACUCAUUAACAGCUCAGUUUCUACAAGGUUAACACUAAACCCCAAUGGAAACCUCCAGCGUUUCACAUGGAUUGACAGAAUUCAGGAUUGGAGCCUUUACUUGACUGCACAAAUAGAUGACUGUGACAGGUAUGCAAUAUGUGGGGCAUAUGGUAGCUGCAACAUUAACAACUCCCCUUCUUGUGGAUGCUUAAAAGGUUUUGCUCCGAAAUCCCCCGAAGACUGGGAGGUGGCAGAUUGGUCACAUGGCUGUGUACGAAAGACUCCACUGGAUUGCCACGAUGGAGAGGGUUUUCUAAAAUAUUCUGGCAUUAAAUUGCCAGAUACACAGCAUUCCUGGUAUAACAAGACAAUGAACCUCAAAGAAUGUGAACAGGUUUGCUUGAAGAACUGCAAUUGCACAGCUUAUGCUAAUUUGGAUAUUAGAGGAGAAGGAAGUGGGUGCAUACUCUGGCUUGGAGAACUGAUUGAUACUCGAGAAUUCUCUGAUGCUGGGCAGGACAUAUAUAUAAGGAUGGCUGCCUCUGAGCUAGUGACAUACAGACGCUUGAAGGGAAAAACAAAAGUUAAGGUCAUAGUUCUAUCUUUACUAGCUGUGGGGAUAACUCUUCUAGGCCUAUGCUUGAUACUACAUUUAUACAAGAGGAAGAAGAAGAAGGAAAAAAAGCAGAUUAAGAGAAAAUUGGGAAAUAUGUUGCAUACUCCAGAGCAAGACAGCAAUGACCAAUGCCAAGAUGAACAUCUAGAGCUACCAUUAUUUGAUUUUAGUACUAUAGCAGAUGCCACCAAUAAUUUUUCUGUUGCUAACAAGCUUGGAAAGGGCGGUUUUGGUCCAGUUUAUAAGGGAAAACUGAUGGAAGGGCAAGAAAUAGGGGUGAAAAGGCUUUCAAGAAGUUCGAGACAAGGAAUCAAAGAGUUCAAGAAUGAAGUAUUAUGCAUUUCCAAGCUACAGCACCGCAACCUUGUGAAGCUUCUGGGAUGUUGCACUGAAGGCCAAGAAAGGCUGUUGAUAUAUGAAUACAUGCCCAACAAGAGCUUAGACUUCUUCAUAUUCGAUGAACAGCAAAGUAUAAUUCUGGAUUGGCCUAAGCGUUUCCACAUUAUCAAUGGGAUAGCUAGAGGGCUACUUUAUCUUCAUCAAGAUUCCAGACUGAGGAUAAUCCAUCGUGAUCUAAAAGCCAGCAAUGUCUUACUAGACAAUGAAUUGAAUCCAAAAAUUUCAGAUUUUGGCAUUGCUAGGAGUUUCGGAGGAGAUGAAAGUGAAGCAAAUACGAAGAGAGUGGUUGGAACAUACGGUUACAUGUCUCCAGAAUAUGCAAUUGAUGGUGUCUUCUCGGUGAAAUCUGAUGUUUUUAGCUUUGGUGUUUUGGUACUUGAGAUAGUGAGUGGAAAGAAGAACAGAGGAUUUUCUCACACAGACCACAAGCUUAACCUUCUUGGACAUGCCUGGAGGCUCUUCAAAGAAGGCAAGCCAUUUGAAAUGAUGCAUACAUCUAUAAAGAACAAAAACACAAGCAGUAUGUCCGAGGUAUUACGAUCAGUCCACGUGGCUCUAUUAUGCGUGCAACAAAGUCCAGAAGAAAGGCCUAGUAUGCCAAAUGUAGUUCUCAUGCUAAGUAGUGAUAUUACAUUGCCACAGCCUAAAGAACCAGGCUUUUUCACAGAAAGGCAUCUGCUAUCUAUGGCUUCCUCAUCAAGCCAGCGUGAAAGUUCUUCGUCCAACAGACUAUCCAUUUCACUAGAGGCUCGAUAGAGUUCACUUUUACUCAAGACUAAUUAUGUUUAGCCCACAUAUGAUGACCCUCCGACUAUGUACAAUGUUAUCGCAUUUUAAAACUUC